CAAGAGCGUGAUCUUGGCGAGCGCGUGCACACCCGUGGGAAAAUUCUCAAGGCAGAUUUGCGCGUGGCACUAUCUUAACCUGAGAUAAAGGAACACCACAGUUCCCUGGAGUUGGAAAUUUUGGGUCCAACUCGGAAGUUUCAGUAGCUGGAAAUUCAAUACUGACCAGGUGCAUUGGAAGCCCCCUCCUGACCAAGGGGGCGUGAGAACAUUAUUUGCCCACGAUGGGAGCACUUUUCCCGGUUUUUGUGUAUUGCAUCAGCCUGCUCUCCUCACAACUGUUGGCACUACCGGUGAGAAACAGGUUGGACUUCAUGACAAGACUCCAUCAGUUAAGAGAGGAAGACCCCAUCUCUCCAGAUGUUACUGAGCGCCCAAAUACUGACCAUGGCGUCUCCAUCGACCGCACCGUUCUGUGGAGGGCCAUCCUCUCCAGACCACCACCUCCAGACCCAACAGGAAACCCACUCCACGUUGGUCAGCAAAAAGCAGGAGAAUCCAGCCAAACAGGUGAAAGCCCUAGGCAGAGAGACCGUCGCAACGUGCACUCGCGAGGCCACCACAACCAUCACCACGGCCAGCUGAUGCGCGUCGGAUGUGUCCUCGGUACCUGCCAGGUACAAAACCUCAGUCACCGCCUCUACCAGCUGGCCGGCCAAAGCCGGCGCGAAGACUCCCCCAUUAACCCGAGCAAUCCACGUAGCUACGGAUGAGUCUAGGGGGACGUCCGGCUAAAACUAAGACCAAGAAAACCGUGUUACAUGUCUCUCUCCUGGUGUUUGUCUAUUUUAUUGCAGUACUGCUGUAGAACUCUUUCCUGCUCUCUGCCUUGGUUUUCUGGAGUGUAUACUGUGCCUUUUUGGACAGAAAGGACCUCUUGUUACUUGAUGGCAACUUUUGAAUUCAGUGCCUCUGAAACACUUUGACUCUGGCCUCUCAUUUUAUGGUACUCAAAACAGAUUCUUUAUUUUGAUAUUGUCAUCUUGUUAAGUCCUCAGAUAAGAGAUUAUGCCGGGUUAUGCCGCAUUACAUCCAGACUCAUCAAAGGCUGUUAACUUCUACACCACUGAUCAAACCCGCUGAGCCUUUAAUGUGGAUUUCAACAAAGUGUGCGAUCGGAUUUCUGUCAGUCUGAGGGCCAUGUGUUCGAAAAGACUCUGAACUCUCCCACCUCGUGUGUCUCCAAUGCACUUUUAAGAAGAAAGCAGACUUUCUCUGAUGGCUUCGGAGCUUGUUUAAGACCCCCAUCUGAUACCUUCUCACAUGAAUAGUUACAGCAAGUUUGGGUUUAAAUCUUGGGUUUUAGACAAUGGCGAAUUGUGACUUUAUAAACACAGUGGUCUCUUGAUUGAACCCACGAACAAUACAGUAGCAAUCGCCACUGAAUCCGGAUUAACACAUUGUUGCUUUCCAAUGCACUUUGAGGUCUGGCGCCUGGAAUAUUACACUUCACGUGAUUUAUAAAGUCACGAGAAUGAGUUA